ACUGUAGGAAAAAUAAAAUCUCCGCCCUUUUUUAGCUUUCGAGAUCCGCCAUCGCUCUCUUUUAUUAUUCGGCCGGCCGUUGGGAAUUUUUAACCCACGAAUUAAACGACGCGGAGAAGUGAGAAAGAGAUCUAAGAUUCUACAUUUGGCUAGGGUUUCAGCAUUUCCCCCGAUUUCGCCCCUUUUGAUGAAAAAUGCUGCGUUGAGGUAGAAUCUAGGGCAGAAGAAAGAACAAUGGGAAGCGUGGAUGUGGAAGCUGAAGCCGCUAAGAAGCGAUCAGAUGUAGUUGAGUGGCUUAACUAUUUAUUUCCCGACUUUAACUUACCUCUGGAGGCAUCUGAUGAGGAAUUAAGAGCACUUUUGCUUGAUGGAUUUGUGUUUUUUGGCAUUCUGGGGAGGAUAAAUCCGUCUUAUUCAGGAGAGAUUCAAGGUGGAGAAUUUGUGCCCGAGAAGCGCUCGGAUUAUAUAAGAGGGUUUGCUUCGGCUGUGGACCAAAUGGGUUUACCCUGUUUUAAAUUUUUGGACCUAGAGCAGGGAUCCAUGUCUUCAGUUGUAAUGUGCCUUCUUUCAGUCCGAGAUCACAUAAUCUCUAGCAAUGGGAAUGAUGGGAUUCAGAAAUCACUUGCCAAAUCUUGGAACCGGCCAUCAGAUAGCUGGAGAUCUCUAGAAGCUGACAAUUUGGAGGGUGUGGAUAUUCGACAGGAUGAGCAGACUAAUGGGGACCAAAACUCUAGUAGAGUGGUAGAUGAGACGAAUCAAAAUGACCGGCAGUUGAAAUUUCAACUUUCGAUGCUGAGUACUAUUACCUCAGAGCCAACGACUCCUCUAUCAUCUAAUGCUGUUGACAAGUUUCAUGAGGUUUUCCAACUAAAACAAGGGCGGUAUUCUGAUCUUCCUGCAUCAAAGAUUUCAGAGAUGAUGAAGUCAAAUAGUUUAGAAAGUGCCCCAACACAGUCACUUUUGAGUGUUAUGAAUGGGAUUCUUGAUGAAAGUAUUGAGAGGAAGAGUGGAGAAAUACCUCAACGCGUAGCAUGCUUAUUGAAAAAAGUCGUGCAAGAGAUUGAGCGGCGUAUUUCAACUCAGGCAGAACAUAUACGAAAACAAAACAAUCUCAUUAAAGCACGGGAAAGGAAGUUCCAGUCAAGGAUCAGAGCACUUGAAACUCUAGCAAGCGGGUCAAGUGAAGAAGCGAAGAUUAUCAUGGACAAGCUCCAGUAUGUCAAGACAGAAAAAAGCAAAAUUGAAGAGAGCAAGAAACUUGGGGAAAAAUAUGUCUUCCAGAAUAUCAUGAACAGACAACUGGGUAGAGUGCAGGAUCUGAAGGCAUCUUCCGAGUCCAUAAAAGACGAGGUUCUAAGUACAAAACAGAGAUGGACAGAAGAGUUUUCUAGCUUAGGAAAAAAACUGAAAGUAUUGACUGAUGCUGCUGAAAACUAUCAUGUAGUUCUUGCUGAAAACCGUAAACUAUUUAAUGAGGUUCAAGAAUUAAAAGGAAAUAUCCGAGUUUACUGUCGUAUAAGACCAUUCCUGUCUGGAGAAAACAGAAAAUCAACAACAAUAGAUUAUAUUGGUGAGAAUGGUGAACUUCUCUUGGUAAAUCCUUUCAAACAGGGAAAGGAUGGUAAUCACUCAUUCAAGUUCAACAGGGUCUUUGGUCCAGCUGCUACUCAAGAGGAAAUUUUCCUAGACAUUCAGCCCUUAAUACGGUCAGUUCUAGAUGGGUAUAAUGUGUGCAUUUUUGCAUAUGGUCAAACUGGCUCGGGGAAAACCUACACGAUGACUGGACCUAAUUUGUCAACUAAAGAGGAUUGGGGUGUCAACUACCGAGCGCUGAAUGACCUUUUUAACAUUUCACGGAGUAGGAGAAAUUCUAUCAUGUAUGAAGUUGGCGUUCAGAUGGUUGAGAUAUAUAAUGAGAAAGUACAGGAUCUCCUUGUAAAUGAUGCAUCACAAAAGAAGCUUGGAGUCAUGAAUAGCUCUCAGCCUAAUGGUCUUGCUGUUCCUGAUGCAAGUUUACAUCUUGUAAACUCUACCUCUGAUGUGUUAGAAUUGAUGCAAAUUGGAUUGGCGAAUAGGGCUGUUGGUGCCACGGCUCUCAAUGAAAGAAGUAGUCGGUCACACAGCAUUGUGACUGUUCAUGUGAGAGGUGCUGAUUUAAAGACCGGAGCCACACUUCGCAGUUCUCUUAAUUUGGUCGAUCUUGCUGGAAGUGAGAGAGUUGACCGCUCUGAAGUAACUGGAGAUAGGCUCAGGGAAGCACAACAUAUCAACAAGUCUUUAUCUGCUCUGGGAGAUGUGAUAUUUGCUCUUUCGCAAAAAAGUUCACAUGUGCCAUAUAGGAACAGCAAGCUUACUCAAGUCUUGCAAAGUUCCUUAGGUGGACAAGCAAAAACACUUAUGUUCGUACAGAUUAACCCAGAUGUAAAAUCAUAUUCAGAAACUUUUAGUACCUUGAAGUUUGCUGAAAGGGUAUCAGGAGUUGAGUUAGGUGCCGCACGAAGCAACAAAGAGAGCAAGGAUAUCAGAGACCUGAUGGAACAGGUGGCUUCACUUAAGGGGAAAAUGGCAAGGAAAGAUGAGGAAAUUGAACGUUUGCAAUUGCUUAAAGAUAUGGGAAAUCAGUCUCCUGGUGUCAGCAAAAGACAUGGGAGCAACUCAUUGAGGCUAUCGUCCUCCUCUCCUGGACUUUCACUGCUAGAUUUUGCCACCCAACACAAGCGGAGAUCGUCUAGCCGAAGGGCAGCGGUUCCUUUUCAAAGGUCUGCUUCAGAUCCUGGGAAUUCCUCAGAUAACAGUGACAAGCAUUCCGAGGCUAGUCCCCGACAGUCUAUGGAUGGAAAUGAAAUUUCAGAACUAAAAAAGCUGUAUGGAGGGGACAUUGGUCGAAACUUUUCUGCAGAUUUUGAUUCAGAUGAAAGAUUAAGUGACGUAUCAGAUAGUUGUUUAUCCGUAGGAGCAGAAAAUGAGAGCUUAAUGAACAAUUCUGUGGAGCUCCCCUUGUUCACAGAGCAUUGCAGAGAUGUCACAAAGGAGAAGAUGUUUGUCCCAUCUCAAGUACCAAGACCAACACCAAAAAGGGCUGUGCAAACAACAUCGAUGAGGAUCAGGGAGAAGGAAAGCAUGAGGAGUUCAAGUAUUAGGAAAAGCACCACUAAUCAAGCAACACCAUCUUCCACGAAAUAUGGAAAGCGUUGGCAGUAGAGAGGAAGAGUUUUAGUAGGAAUGUUAUAUUAAUCCCUGACCAAUUCUGUAAGUUAUUAGCCGGUUAACUUAAACUGAUUGAAUGCUUAUUGAAAUGGCUCAGGUUUCAGAGAGAGAACUCUUUUUUCCAUGACGCCUUGCUCAUGGCCAUGUAUUAUUAGGUGGUUCCAGUUCCACGUGUAAUUUCGUUUCAUUAUAAAUAUCAUCAUCAGGUUUAUUAAUAUCGUAACCAGGUGAUUCUUCA